AUGGCUCCCGAUCGCCCUACUACAGAAUCUGGCUCCGGCUCAGACAAUGACGAAGACAAGCAGAGCGUUGCAAGCAACUCAAGCACGAUGGCGACUACAGAUGACUUCAAAGCCGAUCUUCUCAAGGCAAUCAAAGACAUCAAGACCGUGGAAAAGGUUGCCUUCGAUCAAGAAAUUGAGAUUCCCGAGGAUUUCAACAUCUCUGUUCAAGGUGUUGGCGAUAUCAAACUUCCCCUCAAGAAGGCCCAAGUAGUGAAGAUUAUCACUCAGGCACGACAAGCGCCCUUUGGAAGAGGAAGUGACACUAUCGUCGACACUUCUGUCCGAAAAACCUGGGAACUCGAUCCUGAGCAGUUCACCAUCGGCGGAGAAGAAUGGUCCAACUACCUCCAGGAACUGAGUGAAAUCGUCGCUCAAAAUAUGGGCAUCAAGACGCCUGUCCACGCCGAGCUCUACAAGAUGCUUCUCUAUGAAAAGGGUGCCAUGUUCAAAGCACACGCCGACACGGAGAAAAUCCCCGACAUGUUUGGAACCCUUGUCGUCACUUUGCCAUCGAAACACAAGGGUGGAGAGGUUGUUCUGGAGCACUGCGGCGAGAAGAUUGUCUACGAAUCUUCUAAAAGCCAAGCUUCUUGUGCUGCUUGGUACUCAGAUGUUCACCACGAAGUUCUUCCCGUCAAGUCAGGCUAUCGCUGGGUUCUUACCUAUAACCUCGCUACUGGCCAAUCCUCGCCGCACACAUCUGAUACCUUCUCGGAAACCAAACUUCGGCCCCUCCGUGAAUGUGUUCAAGGAUGGCUCGCGCGGGAGCAAAGGGAUCGCAAAACUCCAUAUGCAUGCCACGUCCUAGAUCACGACUAUACUCAAGCCAACAUUUCCCAAAAGUCGCUGAAAGGAGCAGACAUGACCCGGUUCAUGGCUCUUCAAAAAGCAUUGGAGGGAUUCCCGGUUACGAUGUAUCUUGCACUGCUUGAGAGAGAGGAGAUUGGGAUGGUGGACUUUACAGAGCCAGAGAUGCAGGCUUUCUGCCACUUGCCAUUCACCUUGUCCAGGACUCUUGACACCUACCGAGACCCAUUCAAAGGUUAUCACCCUUCAUUGUAUUCAGUUGAUGAAGCGGUUUGUCGACUAAAGACUCUUAGAGACUUACAAGGUGAAGUCGUUGCUGAUGAGCUAAUCGUCGCGGAGAAUUGUAUUCUUGAUCCAAGUGCCUUCGAGGGUGUGAAGUCUGAGAAUGAGUAUGAAUUCAGUGGCUUCUCUGGUACAACAGCAACACAUUGGUAUCGUCGAGGCACCAUCGUUAUUGCUCCUCACGACUCGGUUGCUGGCUUACUUAGCGAACUCGAUAACCAUUGCGAUGCGUCUCCAGAAAUGCAGAUCAAGUAUAUUGUGCACUUGUGCUCUCAGCCUGAUGUGCAAGAUCACCUGAUCAGCACAAUGGUCGAACUUGUUGAGAAUGCAAUGCCCAAGCUGGAAACCCGCCCUGACUUGAUGAAGGAUAAGUCCGUCUUGUCAAAGGUCGUCAAAGUUGCCCUACAACAUGAGCGAUACCAAAUUUCUGAGAACAUUCUGGCCAAAUUCUACAAGGUCCUUCCAUCUGAUUUGUUUACCUGGUUGAGACAAUGGGUGAUCGAACCCGAUGAUGAUGACAAGACUUUAGACAAUUUCAACAAGCUCAAGAAAGGACUCUCGCUUGCUAUGGCUUCAGAGGAAGGGUUGCCACACAAGCACAAGCUCGUAUCUCACUUUAUCCCUCUUCCUAGUGACCUACCCGCCGACGCUCUUCCAACGCCUGGGCCAAUUUUGGAAUGGACCCGUCAAACACUGAAGAAUUUGUGUCAUGGAGGUGUUCCUAUUGAAGUGGUUGCAGACGACGCGUUGGCUGUGGUCGGUUUUGCGCUGUACUUCGAGAGCAAGGUUGAUUUCCUGAAAGAGUUAUUACGAAGUGUCGUGCCUCUUUUCAAGGAUUGUCCUCUGGCCCCAGGCUUCCGUUUCAUGACCUUGGCACGAGUGAUGGCUCUGAUUGAGGAGGGCAAACUUCCUCGGCAACAGGGCAUGGAUCUCUAUCGAACUAUGGCAGGCUUAUUGAUCGAGUCUCAGGACUUUGCUUCACUACAGCAUCCAACAACAAUCCAAGAGCAGUCAAAAAAGAUGAACCUCCCGCCUUGGCUGACUUCCAAGAUGUGGGCUCAGCUUAGGCUGGGGAAUGCAGUCACGCACAAUGACAUGGGAAACUUCUUCUCGGGACUUUUGAAGGCCAGCACAAAGUCGAACAAUGUUUCAGGUCAAUUCAUGUCCAAGAUCACCAAGCAGGUUGGCAGACUUUCAAAGGCCAGUUUCCAGUUGACCUGGCUUCCUUUUCUGCGUUCCACUAUCCCCCUUCUCGAAAACGAGGGCAUUUCCUUGAGCACACCAACCUACAAGAAGUUUUUCUCUGCUAUCACUCGGGGUGUUCUUGACAACUUUCUUGGACCGGAGCCCCGUGAGCCUUGGACCUGGGCCCUCGCCGGCGUUCCCUGUGACUGCGGCGAUUGCGAGCGUGUCAGCGCCUUUCUUCGCCACCACACAAAGAUGUCUGAAGAAUACCCGAUGAACAAGCCCCGGCGUACCCAUGUCCAGCAGGUCCUUGAGAAGGCAGGUGUCGGUUGCAGUAUUCAGACCCGCCGUGACACGAGCCCCUAUCCACUCGUGGUCACCAAAACCUCUCGACCUCAGGGGGUGAAGUUGGAAGCAUGGAAGAAACGAAGGGAUCAGGUCGUAGAGGAGUUUGAUCAGAUUCAGCCACAUCAUCUCAAGAAACUUCUCGGUAAGGGAUACAAGGCAAUUGAGCAACUCCGUGCCGGUCAGAAGGGUCAGGAAAGCCUGUCACAGGGACCUCAGACAGGAGAAAAGCGUGGGGUCGACGAGUGA